GUUUACGGUCUAGUUUUGGUUCUGGUUCGGUUUGUUCAAUAAUGCAAAAACUGAAUUCAAUAAGAUUAAGAAUGUCUCUACUCGUACGAUCCAGUUAGCCGUAAGUGAAAAGCCGAAGAAACAGUGAAGACCCAAAUCUAGAAAUCGCCGGCGAAAACAUGCGGUCGUUAGAAGAGCUGUCCCCGACUGAAACCCUAGAAAUCGAGAACGGACUCUCUCUGGUCUCACGCGUCAAGCUCUCUCUCACAAUCCACCCUCUAGUCCCUUCCGUCUCAAAACCCAUCGACGAGUGGCAACUCAAGCGAUCCUUGAUAGACUUCCUCAAGAACUCAACUUUCCCCUCCGUCACUAUUUCGGAAGAAGACAUCGUGGUUCGGCGUCACAGGGACUUGAAGAAGCGGAAGCGUGAUGAGCCAGUGGCACAUGGGUCCUUGUUUAUCCGAGAUUUAGGGUUUCUCCAAGGCAAGAAGAAGAAGGAGGAUGAUGAUGUGAAGGGUUUGGAGAAGAAGUUUUUGGAUUGGAGGAAGGGUUUGGUGGAGAAGAUGAAUGGUAUUGAGGUGAAUUUGGAAGGAGUCAAGUAUAGUCUCAGUGUGGUGCUUCCGAUUUCAGAUGAUUUCGAGAGGUUGAAGAAAGAUUGGGAGGAGUUUUACGCUUUUGGACAUCCAAGGGAGGCAAGGAGAGAAGCUGAUACGAUGAUACUGAGAGGUGUGCCAUCAAGAUGGUUUGCAGAGCCGAGAGUUUCUUCCAAGCCUUCUAUGUUGGUUGCUCAUACUAUCUUCUCCACCUUUGGCAAAAUCAGGAAUUUUAAUGUUGCUGAGGACGAUAAUCUAGGUAAGGACGCAGAUGAGUACAGUGGAGACCUCGUAUCAGGUCUCUAUUGUAAGAUUGUUGUUCAGUUCGAGAAGUACAACGACUUUGUGAAUGCCAUGAAGGCUUUCUGUGGCCGCUCAAUGCAAAAGGAAGGUACUCGGCUAAAGGCAGACUAUGAACUAACAUGGGACAAGGUUGGCUUCUUCCGGAACUCGAGGAGGGCAUCGGAUCACAGAGAUGAUGGAUACAGGAACGAGACUGCUGGAUACAGUACGGAUGAUUUACGUCGAAAGAGAUUCAGGGAGUAAAACACUAAGAUGAGGUCUAAGAAGACUGUUCAAUACAGUGAAAUUGUAUUUUAGAUUUCUGAGUUCAUGAUCUGAUUUCUGUUCUUAUGCCUUUGAAUCAUCAUCUAUUAUGUUUGGUAAAGUACACCAACCCAAACUAGACUGGACUAGCGUUUUCUAUUUCUGAAUUGUAUUUGCCUUUGAAACAAUGAGAAUACAAACUUUUGACUAGU